AGAGAGAGAGAGACUGUGUAUGUCAGAGUGAUAGAGAUAGAGGAAGGGAAUAGUCGUUGGAGGCACGGCAUAAAAAGCCCGGCGCGAGCGCGCGGACGCUCAGAAGCCAGCCGCAGCGACGUAUGUAAGUAGGUACAUACGCACGCAAGCACACACGCACGCACGCACGCUCGCACGCAUACACGCAGGCACUUCUAGGAACCCGGAGUAAGCAGAUAAUCUCAUCGUCUAGCUGACAUCAGCAUGUGUGGAAUUUUCGCCUACUUGAACUAUUUGACGCCUAAGAGCAGGAAGGAGAUUUUGGAACUUCUUGUUGGUGGACUAAAGCGACUAGAAUACAGGGGCUAUGAUUCUGCAGGCGUCGCCCUUGACUCAUCCGACGGCAAGGAUAUCGCUAUUAUUAAGAAGCAAGGAAAAGUCAAGGCUCUUGAGGAGGAAAUAUUUCAGAACUCUGCACUUGAUUUUGACUCAAGCAUCAAGAGUCACGUAGGUAUAGCUCACACCCGAUGGGCAACUCACGGUGUUCCAUCCGAGGUGAACUCCCAUCCUCAGCGAUCUGACAUCGAGCACUCAUUUGUGGUUGUCCACAAUGGAAUCAUCACGAAUUAUAAAGACAUCAAGAUCUUGCUGCAAAAUCGUGGCUACAACUUUGAAAGUGAAACAGACACGGAGAUUAUAGCUAAGCUCAUCCACCAUCUGUGGGUUCAGCAUCCAAACUAUGCCUUUCGUGAGCUCGUUGAACAAGUUGUGCAACAGCUCGAAGGUGCAUUCGCUCUGUGCUUCAAAAGCAAGCACUUUCCGGACGAAUGCGUAGCCACGCGACGUGGAUCGCCGCUUCUGGUUGGCAUUAAAACCAAAACUACACUUGCCACCGAUCAUGUGCCCAUUCUCUAUGGCAAAGACGACCUUCCAAGCACUGUCAAAGAAUCCGAAGCAACAACUAAAGAACACCGUCCGCACCGUCGCUCCGCGGAUUAUCCAAUCAUGCCACGCAGCGAAAGCACUUCCGAGUUUCAACCGCUCGAAGAUAAAGAAGUCGAGUACUUCUUUGCCUCUGACGCUAGUGCCGUAAUUGAACAUACAAAUCGCGUCAUUUUUCUAGAGGAUGACGAUGUGGCUGCUGUGAAGGAUGGCGCACUCAGUAUUCAUCGACUUCGACGAUGUGUAGAUGAUGCUCAUGCUCGUGAAAUUCAUACUCUAAAAAUGCAAAUCCAGCAAAUAAUGAAGGGUAACUACGAGUAUUUCAUGCAGAAAGAAAUUUUUGAGCAGCCUGAGUCAGUUGUAAAUACAAUGAGAGGACGAUUGAAUUUCCGCGAUAAUUCCGUGAGAUUGGGCGGGAUUAAGGAUUAUAUUCCCGAAAUUAAAAGAUGCAGGCGUCUUAUGUUAAUUGGCUGUGGCACUAGUUAUCAUUCGGCAAUUGCCACAAGGCAGCUUUUGGAAGAGCUUACGGAAUUACCCGUUAUGGUCGAGCUUGCAUCUGACUUUCUCGAUAGGAAUACACCAGUUUUCCGUGAUGAUGUUUGUUUCUUUAUUUCUCAGUCAGGGGAGACAGCGGACACCUUGAUGGCACUGAGAUACUGUAAAACUCGAGGAGCUUUGAUUGUUGGAAUUACCAAUACUGUUGGAAGUAGUAUUUGUCGUGAGUCGCAUUGUGGAGUUCACAUUAAUGCUGGUCCAGAAAUUGGCGUUGCUAGCACCAAGGCUUAUACAUCACAAUUCAUUUCUCUGGUGAUGUUUGCGCUUGUCAUGAGCGAGGACAGAAUUUCUCUGGGAACAAGACGAAUGAAUAUUAUUGAAGGAUUGAAGAAUUUGGACAAUCAAAUUCGUCAGGUAUUGGAAUUGGAUGAGAAAGUUAAAGAUUUGGCAAAGUCAUUGUUUCAACAUAAAUCCCUUUUAAUAAUGGGUAGAGGAUAUAAUUUUGCUACCUGUAUGGAAGGAGCACUUAAAGUGAAAGAAUUAACUUAUAUGCACAGUGAGGGUAUAAUGGCUGGCGAAUUGAAGCACGGACCUCUAGCCCUUGUCGAUGACUCGAUGCCCGUAAUAAUGAUUGUAAUGCGGGAUCCCGUAUACGUUAAAUGCAUGAAUGCUCUACAGCAAGUGACAGCUCGCGAUGGCAGACCAAUUGUUAUUUGCGAGGAAGGUGACACUGAGACAAAAUCAUUUGCCGCAAAAGUUCUGGAGAUUCCAAAAACAGUGGACUGCCUUCAGGGCGUGCUAACUGUCAUUCCAAUGCAAUUACUUUCAUUUCACAUUGCAGUACUUCGCGGUUGUAACGUCGAUUGUCCGCGAAAUUUGGCGAAAUCCGUCACGGUCGAAUAAAUACAUUCCCGUAAUAACGUUAAAAAUAUUUUAUUGCCAAGGUCGUCGACGACUAAUCAAAGAUAAGAAUCGGCUGUGGAUGACGAGAUUUGAUACGAUAGUUGAUGUCAGAGCGUCCGGCAAUUAGAACAACAAGUAACAUACCGAAAAUGGAACGAAAUUUAAUAGUCUCGCCGGGGAGCGAUCGAUUAUUUGUCUGAUCGAUGAAAAUUUUUAUAAUAAUACGAUACGAUGAAUUGCAGAUAAAUAAUAGUAUGCAUUGU